UAUUGCGUGAGCCGAUAGGUGUAUUGCGGUGAUUCGUGGCUCGAGUUAACGUUAACAUACGCGUAGAUAAAUAAACAUUAUUUAUGGCUGAGUGACUGGAUACGGGAGCUUGUCUUGUAUAAUACGUAAGUUACUUUUAAAAGUAGUUGAAUGCUUAAGGGAGUAGCAGGUGAACUAGCUUAGAAGGUUAGCCCCGUGUAGGCUUUGGGUUCCAAUUGUAACACAGCUUUCAGUUAAGCUCCACCCACUCGCGAUUUCUAUUGGUCGGGGUUUUCUGGAGUCAUGUGUCAUCACCGAGUUUAAGGCUUGCGAAUGGCUACGCAAUCUGUCGAUCACCUCAUUCCCCACUUGUUGCUAGGGAGAUUGCUAGAUGCUAGCCCAAAUACCAGCGGAGGUACCUGUCACUUUCGAGGGUAAACAAGAGACGCGAGGUGACAAGCUAACGUGGCAUCACGCUAUGUCGUUGUAUAACAAGGUGGUUAUUGACGUGUAAUAGCAUUAGCCGGUUCUCAAAACACAAGCCGUCAAAUGGCUAACGUCAUAAGGACGAGCAUAGGCGCAGCUGUGCGUGCGGAGGGAGGGUCCCUGUCCGCUACCUAGCGCUGUGGCUGCUGCUAGCCUUCCUCUCCCAUUCACCUUCAGCAGCGCCCACUAGAAGUAGUUGUCCUGUCAAGGGUAGCGUGAUGCCGAGAGCUCUGCGUUCACCAUCUCGGGUCUGCUGAUUUUUCUUUUUACUCAAGGCAUUGCGCCAUCACUUCUUUGUACUUUGGAAGGAUGGAGUGGAUGCAGUCUGCUAGCAAGUCCUGAUUUUUUUGUUUGUGUGUGUGCGUGUGCGUGUGUGGUCAACAUGGAUUUAAUGCAAAUGUAGGAAUGGGAAGAUGAGAAGAACCUAAUGAAGAACAAAGCUUUGAGAACAAACUGGACUCUCAGAGUGGAAAAUCCAUUUUGGAUUCCACAUGCCUUUUAAACAAACAGCAUCCUGUUGAAGUCCCUUUCCCCUUCUGCAACCACUUUUUUUUUAUGCUCAUGUGUCCGUCUUCUCGUACGAGUACAGAAGUAUCGAUUCACGCGAGUUGGCCCCGUUUUUGUUUUUUCCUUUUUUAAUUUCACCUUUUGUUCCUUUUGUAAAGAAAUGCUUUACCUGAAAAAAUACUUCACAGAGGGCCUGAUUCAGUUCACCAUCCUUCUGAGUCUCAUCGGGGUGCGGGUGGAUGUUGACACCUACCUAAGCAACCAGCUGCCCCCACUGAGAGAGAUCAUCCUGGGCCCGAGCUCAGCCUACACCCAGACACAGUUUCACAACCUGCGCAACACCCUGGACGGCUAUGGCAUCCAUCCAAAGAGUGUGGACCUGGACCAAUUCUUUACCACUCGGCGACUGCUGAACCAGGUGCGCCAACUGGAUCGCCUCUCCGUGCCCAGUACAGAGCUCAACACCUGGCUGGUGCACCGUGACGCCGAGACUGUGGUGUCCACUAGUACCCAGUCUAGCCCCAGCAUCACCCUGGACAAUGGGGGCGGCCUAGAGGACGUCAACAACCCUGACGGUACCCCGGCCAUGAGGGGAGGAAGUGGAGCCCCUGAAUCCACGGACAGCAGCCUUGGGGCCGUGGCCCCCGAGGGAAACCAGGAGCAGGGCAGCAGGGACGCCAACGACGACCUCAGCAAAGAGGAUAUUGACUUGAUUGACAUCCUCUGGAGGCAGGACAUCGACCUUGGCGCGGGAAGAGAAGUGUUCAACUACAGCAACCGUCAGAAGGAGAGCGAAGAGGAGAAGCCCAGCAACCCAAGCGAGAAAAAAGACGGGAACGAGGACCAGGAGAGCUGGAGAAACGGAGUAAACUUGCAAGGUGCUCAGCCCGUGGACGGGGAGACCGGAGAGAGCAUCCCGGAGCAGAUCCCAGGUCUUGGCUCACAGACGUCCCUUUCUCUACAAGAAUGCUUGAGGCUUUUAGAGGCAACUUUCCCUUUUGGAGAAGAAUCUGAGUUUGCAGCCCCGGUUGUGACCACAGAAAACGUUUCCAAUGAGGAAGUUCCUUCCACGUCGCAGGGCCUUCCUCUGGCGCCACAGCUGGCCCCCGCGGAGCCGCAGUUAGACCUGGAGCAGCAGUGGCAAGACAUCAUGGCCAUCAUGGAGCUGCAAGCAAUGGAGGUGAACAGCUCUUCGCCACACAGCAACUCCAGCAGUGACAGUGGCUCGAGCGGGACGACGGAGUCCAACGACGCGGGGAACUUUGGACCCUCGACCGGGCCGACGCCCGUAAACCAGGACGUCAGCCUCCACCAGGCCUCCCUCCCCAGCUGCAGCCAGGACUUCCCCGAGGUUUUCAACCCCCAGUUGGACCUUGCUAGCAUCGCCCCGAGGGCCACCAUGCUCAGACCUUCCUCCAGCAACUCCAGCAACAUCAACUCCACGUUCGGAGCCACCAACCUGACGGGGAUCUUUGUCCCACCGCACAUCAACAGCUCCAGCACCAACAUCACGUCCACGCCCCUCCUGCCCGACCCGUUCAGCAACCUGCUGGAGGAGUCCAUGCUGGACGAGAUCAGCCUGCUGGACCUCGCCAUGGAGGAGGGCUUCAGCCAGGCCCAGGCGUCGCAGCUGGAGGACGAGCUCGACUCUGACUCCGGCCUGUCCCUGGACUCCAGCCACAGCCCGGCCUCCCCGAGCAGCUCCGAGACCUCCUGCUCCUCUGCGGCGUCUUCGUCGUCGACGUCUGCCACCUUCUCCGAGGAGGGGGCCGUGGGCUACAGCACCGACUCGGAGGUGGCCGCUGUGGAGGCCGAGGAAGGCGCCGUCGGUGGUUUUCAGCCCGGCUACAGCAAGCUGUGCCGCAUGAGCUACCAGGACCCCUCCCAGUUCCACGGCCUGCCUCAGCUCGGCGGCAUCGGCCACAAUCACACCUACAACCUGCCGCUUUCCUCCGCGUUCGCCGAGCAUCCGGAGCUCCCCCUCGCCGACGGGAAGAAGAGCGUCCGCGACAAACACUCAAAGUUCCAGCCGGCUCAGGAUUUGCUCGACAAGCACGCGAGUCGCGACGAGCGCCGAGCCCGGUCCAUGAAAAUCCCCUUCUCCAACGAGAAGAUCAUCAACCUGCCCGUGGAGGAGUUCAACGAGCUGCUGGCCAAGCACCACCUGAGCGAGGGCCAGAUGGCGCUCAUCCGCGACAUCCGCCGGCGCGGCAAGAACAAGAUGGCGGCCCAGAACUGCCGCAAGCGCAAGCUGGACACCAUCAUCAACCUGGAGCAGGGCGUCCACGACCUGCGGCGCGACAAGGCCCGCCUGCUGAAGGAGAAGAUGGAGUUCAUCCGCUCCAUCCGGCAGAUGAAGCAGAAGAUGCAGAGUCUGUACCAGGAGGUGUUCACCCAGCUGCGGGACGAGGAGGGCCGCCCCUACCCGCCCAGCGAGUACUCGCUGCAGUACAGCGCCGACGGCAGCGUGCUCAUCAUGCCCCGCGGCGUGACCACCGGCGAGCAGCACCGCAAGCCCGAGAAAAAACAAAAAGACAAAAAGAAGUGAGGGGGGAGCGGGAGGGGGCAAGCUGCUGUUUAUUCUAUCACUUUGCUAAAUCAAUGAGAACGAUUUCUGCAGAUGCAAGAGGUGUCCUUUUUUUCGUUGAGAAGAUUCUGGCGAGUAGAAGAAGCGUUGUUGACUGCUCCUCCUGCAUUAGUUUCUCCCCUUUCAUUCGGUUCCGACAAUUUUUUCCCCCCCUGGAAACAUCGUUGAAGCAGAAGUAGCUCCUCGUGUGAGUACUGGGGGUACUGGGGGGGAAACAAUAAGCGAGGACGUGGAACGCGGGAGGACAUAAAAUGAGCUAUUUGGGAAAAAUGAAUCAGCCGCUCACGAUCCUUUUUUGCACGGAAAACCGCUCAGGAUGGAGGACAUUCGUAAGGUCGAUACGAGGGGACAAGCGGGAGUAUAAGAACACUGUCGACGAGGACGGUUGGAAUACCUAUGCACCGGAGGUCCACGUCCCACCCUGGAGACUUUUAGUCACUUCUUUUGUCACCGAGGCUUUUAAGUUAAGCAAACGUUUAGGCGAAGAACGGCGCCUACGGUGUGUGAGAGUUCAGUUUACCAAAGGCAGAGAGGAGGUCACUAACACCUUUACUAACCAAAGGUCGCACGGAGCACGCCGCCACCUUACCACGCCCAGUCGGCCCUUUCGGCGGCGUCUGAGCCUAGAUAAAAGGGCGCCGGGAACGGGGGGGGGUGUUGACGUGUGGACCGGAGGAUGUUAUUGAGACAAGAGAGGGUCGGAGGCUGAGGAUUCCUGGGCUGGCCGCUGCUAUUAAAAAAAAAAAAAAAAAGAAAAACAGAAAAAAGGUGAAGUCCUGCAAGAGGAGAAGAUGGAUGUCUUAGGGAGGAGUCACACUGCAUUGCAAAAUGUAUCAACUUCCUUAUAAAUUAUACAUAGCCCUGUAAUUUGUCUUUGAAAAGGCUUUGGCUUUAUGCAUUUUGCCGCGUCCGCCGCUAUUCCUUCGCUGCAGGUUUAAGUACGGGAGCUGCGUUAAGGAAGGCUCCUAUUAACUGUUCAUAAUCUGUAGUAUAAGCAAGGGUAUAGGUCACAUCAGCUUUAUGUACAAAAAAAGUCUACACUCUUUCUGUUUGUUUCGUCGAACGUCACGCUGAGCCUGUAAUCAGAAAGGGGAGGACGCUGCCACCGAUCACAGUACUGCAUCAUUUGGGCUUUUGUUCUGUUCCUUUUUCUCUCGGGCGCCUCGUUUCAUAGGGCACUAAUUAAAAACAGGCUCGGUUGUCUCUGUGGUGGAGCAAAGUCUCUUUUUGAAUGAACUCAUUUGCCAACGUUCCCCUGCUGAAAGCCCGACAGAUGUUAAGCUAAGUCCUUCGGUGUGGUUUUUUUUGUGUUGUUGAUCAAGUGAGCCAAGUUGUUACAUGAGAUUUUAAAAAAAGAAGUUAUUUGAAUGCGUGAAAUGAGUGUUGUGGCCACUUUAAUUUUGAAAUGCCUUUAUUUCACAAUCUCAUUAUCUUUCACUUUAAAUGUUUUGAGAACUGGAGGAGGUCGUUCUCAGAGUAGAAGUGCUAUUACUCGUCUAUCUGAAUGAAGUUUUGUCAGUAAGUGUAACAUCGGCCUCUUAUUAGAAACAGUAAAAAAAAAUUUAAAAAAAAGAAGAAAAAAAAAAGGUUGUUUCAGCUGCGAUAGGUUAGAAUAUUUACCGGAGCAGAACAGAACAUGAUGUCCAAAAAAAGUUGUUUUUUCAAAGGAGAGAUGUCCUCAUUAAACGUGAUAUUCAGGCAUGAAACUCUGGUUAACAUUGACUUCAGUGCGACACCGAAGUACUGCUACUACUUAGUGCACUUUUAUUUUUGUCUGUCUUGUUAUGUAAAUAUUUUCGUGUUUGUCAUGAUUUCUGUAGUUUGUCAAAUGUCUCCACGACGGUCUCACCCUCUGCUUUCAGUUUGGAUGUAGUUCCUUCUUUCAGAUAUUUUGCCGGCAAUCAAGAAUUGUUUUUAUUGAUUAAUAAAGUGUUUUUAUUUUCACCUGUGA